AUACGGGCAAGCUCUCAGCGUUUCAUACCGCGCGAUCCGGCUAGCCUUCUAGCGGCGAUCGGCCACCACGUGGAACACGGUGGUUUCUAUGGAUCGCUUUAUCCUAACUCUCCCAGUUCGCUUCCAACAUCACCUUCAUAGGCCGUUCCAUUCCGACUUGCGCUUUCAAGUGAGCGACAGCUUCAAAGAUGCAACCAAAAUCCGAGGGGUUACCACCAUGCUGCAAAGUGGCUCCAGAAGCGUUAUACUGGAACCGGUUCAGCUUGCUUUUCUCUACCAACCUCAAUCAUGGUCUGAUUUCUAGACUUACGGCCGCACCCAAACACAGGCGGGGUAGGCCGUUCAGGGGAAAGGAUCUUCCACCACCCCUCGCGUUCACAAAUGAAGGGUCCAGGAAGAGGCAAGGCCAGCGACACUACCAGGACGCCGUCACGCCGUCUGGUGUGCCCAUUCCUUUUGUGGGCGGGAUACCCGCAGUCCGGCGCAACUCUCCCAGAUUCAAGCACGUCGGCCCCCGGCGCCGCUCGGACGGUGCCCCGUGCUCCCCAUUUCGACGUCCGAACGUUGAACACUGCAGCGUCCGAGGUCCGAGCGGGCACGUCAGACUGUGGAUGGCGUCGGUGCUGAGAUGGUGGUGUUCCCCCGGUCCGUCCGACCUUUCGGGGUUUGAGGAGCCUCACAACCGCAGAAGCCUUGCGCGAAGAUGCGAGGAAACAAGCUUCCGGAUGAAACACACGUUGUUCGAUGGUAUUGCUGUUGCAGAUAUUUUGUACUAUAGUCCGAGUUUACUGCCCAACAAGCUGGAUGAACUCCUUAAAUCCCCUAUUUGUAGACGAACACGGUGGGAGCCGCAGGUGGUAGCCAAGAACGGUUCAACUGCUGCAGACAAGUGUCGUGGCGCCGCCUCAUCUCUCGCUGCCGGUGUCAUCACACGCACUAUACCCAAUUCUUCAAGGAUUACUUCUGAGUCAUCAGGGGAAGUACAUCUUGAGGCUAUCAUUGGGUACAGGGCUGCACACCAUCAACUACCACUAGUCACUGGUUUGAGGCUUUCCCCAGAGUCUUAUCAAGAUGGGUUCCACGAGUAAACCAACUCGGAGUGUCAAGACUCAAAGGGGGCCUUCUAUCCGUGACUAGCUCGAACACGAGGGGUCCUAUGACAACUCGCAGGUUCCGGUUGCCGAUCGCAAAGAGCGUACUUCGAUUCACUAAGUAAGUACGUGAGAUUGACAUUUCAGGUAAGCCUAAGCAAGAAGAUCCUGCAACGGUUACGGUGAUUGGGCUGUUGACUUGAUAAUCUCAACAUAAG